UCUAUAUUGUUCGCUCUUCAACUUCUGAACGUCGAUCCUUAGUACAUUUACAUAUAUGAAAUAUGUGAUGUGCUAAUUAAGAAAAAGAAAAGUAAACUUUUAAGAUCUACAUUUGGCUAUCACAAUUUCAAGCCUAAUACAAUUAAAUCACAAAAUCAUUUUAUUUACCUAAACUGUGUAAAAAUAUACAAAUUGUGUGCGCAUUUUGGUUCAAUUGAAAACAUAAAAACUAUAAAAAGCAGAAAGGUAUUCAAGUCGGAAAACAAGAAUGGACCAAAAGGACAACCAAAAAGACAUGGAUACUUUAAACUCGAAUAUUUUAAAGGAGCCUUCUGGAAAUGGUUUGACCUCGAAAAAAAACAAGUCAAAAAGAUCAAAAACGUAUGAAUAUGAUACUCAGAACAUAAACAUGAAAAAAAGUUUUACCAAAUUCGAUGAUCUUCAAAAACGUAAUUUAAUCCAUGUACGUUCACGAGAUUCUAAAAAAGCUCAAGAACUAUUUCGAUCUACUACUGCUGAGCAGCUUGACAACUGCCGUCAAUGCAAAAAACCGGUAUACAAAAUGGAGGAAGUCAUUCUUCAAUUAAAGACUGGAACGACUAUUUUUCAUAAAACGUGCUUACGUUGCAAGGACUGCGCCAAACAACUUAAGCCUGAUAGCUAUAACGUUCAUGAUGGAAGUCUAUACUGUUCUAUGCACUUCAAAUUAAUCUUCGCACCAAAGAUAGUUUAUGAAGAAUUUACUCCACGAAAACCAGAGCUCAUAAUACGUGAAAAUCAACCAAUAGAACUUCCACCAGAUGUCGCAAGAGCAUCCGACAAACCAAGUCUUGGACUAGACGAACUUCAACAGCUAGAUGUGCGCUCAAAAUUUAAGGUUUUCGAAAAUGGUCGUAAGGAACAAGUCAAUCAUUUACAAGAUCGACAAGAUACUUCAAUUACCCACAGCAAGUCAAUUCGGUCUACGCUAAACAAACUUCAUAAGCUCGGGAUACUUAAUUCAGAACUGGAAAAAUUAGAUGAUGUCGAAUACAGCGAUGUCGAAAAGUUGGGUACUGAUGACGAAAGCGAUUUGGAUCUUUUGUGCUCCAGAAAAGAUAUUGAAAGGGAAAGACCUGUGGGCUUGGGAGAAGCCAUGAACGAUAUAAGAUCAAAAUUUGAACAAGGCGAUGUGAUGACAAAAGAAGAACGUCGCGAAGAAAGGAAACAGGAAAUACAGAGCAUACGUUCUCGAUUAUUCCUGGGUAAACAAGCAAAAAUAAAAGAGAUGUAUCAGUUAGCUGUCGCUGAAUCAGAACAGGGCGUUACAUCGGUAGGAAAGACCCCAGAUAUUAAUGUCAUAAAACCCACUCAUCUAAUCAAAGAUAGAUUUGAGAGUGGCGAUGUUUUUAACGACAAUAAAGAUCAAUCAAAAGAAUCCACUUGUGGUAUGCAGGCAGAUGCGGAUGUUUUUGAAUCGGGAAUAAGCAAAGCAUCGCGAAGUAUCUUUAUGGAGCUAGAUGCAAAUAUAAGUUCAAGUGUAAGCAACAGCCUUCCGCAAAUCAAACGUCCCGAUAAAAAAAUUGUGAGCUGUAAUCAAUUGUGUCAAGAGAGUACUGAUGUUGACGUUAUUAAAUGCGACUCAAAGGCAGAAGAAGUUAAACUCACCACUGAAGAAUUAUCAGAACGAUUUAAAUUCUUCGAAACAUAUGCCCCUACCGAAAAUAAAAAAAAAAAAUUUCGCAUUACUCCGCCCCGUGAGGGUGUUGUAAAGAUGCCCUCUCCUGAGUUCGACGACGAGAGUUCAAUUCAACCGCCUUUAUUCAAUGAUAACGUUUUAAAGAAAACAAAAACAACGUCAACAAUUCUAAGCAAGUUUCGGGAAAUGGAAGAACAAAAAAUUAAAGAUAAAAACCAGGAAAGAAACCCGAAACCAUUAAAAUGCUUUACUCCACCACCUGAAAUUGGUAACAAUUUUAACAGAUCAGAUACGGAAGAAGAAAACGAUAGUGAUAGCGAGCAGAAUAGUGAUGACGACGAAAGGAGCCUUGAAAAUGUGCCUCCUAACAAAGAUCAAUGUCUUUACGAGGCUCAAAAUGCAGCACGUGCUAAACAAUUGCGAGCGAAGUUUGAAAAGUGGCAAAUUAACGAAAUAGAACGCGAACUCAGCGAAGGACGUGUAGACACACACAGCUCACAGCUAAUUUCAAAUGAGUCUAUAGAAAGUGCAAAAACAAUUCGGGAACGCUUUGAGAACAUGAAAAAUUCUGCAGCUCAACUGGAGAACGCGCCGAAAACUCAAAUAAAACGUUUUGUUUAACGCGAUGAUUGCCUGAUGGCCUAUACCGACGAAGCCAAAAGCAAAGCUAAAAAUAAAGCGUACUUCACGGAUAAAACGGAUCCCCUAGAAGCUUCGAAAUAAUAUCUUAUAUUUUAUAUAUCUUAUAUAAAUACAUUUUUGACAUUUUGAAUGUGGCAAAUACAAUAUGAUUAUAAUACUUUA